AUCCCAAACACCGGUAACAAACUUCCAGCCCUACGUGCUUCUAUCAAAAAUUGGAAAAGGAAGGGCUGCUUGGUUGGAUUUUCCCACUUUCCCAUGUUAACAGAACAGAUUCUUAGCACUUGGCCAUUAAAUAUUUCCACACAGUUUCUUGAGAAGACCAAAACCAAUCUCACCACCUCGUCUUCCCGUGUCGUUAUCCUCCCAAUUGUACCACUUCCUCCAAAAUGGUAAUAACAUAAUACUAUAAUCUUUUGUUCUUUCUCAGCUCACAAUGUUUACCGGUCAGUGUCGCACAGUGCAUCCUCAUUGGUUUGUUUAUGGUGGAAUCAAUUGUUGGCAUGCAUCAGCUGAACAAAUUACUACUGCAAGCGAAACCACUACAGUACACUACUAGCUAGGCCAAUUCCAUCACGUCUCUCUCAGUCUUCCUGUGGGUGCUGAUCUCCGUUCUCUCUUUCCUGUUUCGGUCCCCGUAGAGAUCUCCAACGUCCUCAUCGUACUUUCAGCUUUGAUCACCAGCUCUCAAAGGAAAGGUACGCUGAAAAGCAAAAAACCCAUCCGAGGUUUCGUUAUAUUCAUCUGAUUCUGUGUCGGUUCUGCUGUGAAUUUUUUCCACGGGGAAAGUUGGUACCCAUCUUGUUUCUUCUUUGUGGCGUGUGCUGUAAUGGGUCUCUGAUUCGGAUCGAAGUUCGAUUGCAGGAUGGAGGAGAUUACUAACGUGAUGGAGUAUGAAGAAAUCGCGAGGCAGAAAUUGCCCAAGAUGGUAUAUGACUACUACGCCUCUGGUGCUGAGGACCAGUGGACUCUCAAGGAAAACCGCAAUGCCUUCUCUCGAAUCCUGUUUCGUCCUCGGAUUCUCGUUGAUGUGAGCAACAUUGACAUGACAACGACUGUACUGGGCUUCAAUAUUUCGAUGCCAAUCAUGAUUGCUCCAACCGCUAUGCAGAAAAUGGCACACCCUGAUGGGGAGAAUGCGACAGCAAGAGCAGCUUCUGCAGCUGACACCAUUAUGACUUUGUCAUCAUGGGCUACAUCCAGUGUUGAAGAGGUAGCUUCAACAGGCCCUGGCAUUCGCUUCUUCCAACUCUAUGUGUAUAAAGACAGGAAUGUAGUCGCUCAGCUGGUUAGGAGAGCCGAAAGAGCCGGAUUCAAGGCAAUUGCUCUUACAGUUGACACUCCAAGGCUUGGUCGGAGAGAAGCUGAUAUCAAGAAUAGGUUUGCUUUACCACCCAAUCUGACGCUGAAGAACUUUGAAGGCUUGGACUUGGGCAAAAUGACAGUAGACAAGACCAGUGACUCAGGAUUGGCCUCCUAUGUUGCUGGCCAAGUCGACCAGACGCUUAGCUGGAAGGAUGUGAAGUGGCUUCAAACCAUCACCUCACUGCCAAUUUUAGUGAAGGGGGUGCUGACAGCUGAAGACGCGAAGCUGGCAGUACAAAAUGGAGCAGCAGGGAUCAUUGUGUCCAAUCACGGAGCCCGCCAGCUCGACUACGUUCCAGCCACCAUCACUGCUCUGGAGGAGGUUGUGAAAGCUGCACAGGGUAGAGUGCCUGUGUUCCUAGACGGUGGAGUUCGCCGCGGGACAGAUGUGUUCAAGGCACUUGCGCUGGGAGCUUCUGGUGUAUUUAUUGGGAGGCCUGUGUUGUUCUCAUUGGCGGCAGAUGGAGAAGCUGGAGUGAGGAAAGUACUGCAGAUGCUGAGGGAUGAGCUUGAACUGACAAUGGCGCUAAGCGGCUGCACAUCGCUCAAGGAGAUUACCCGCAGUCACAUCGCUACUGACUGGGACCCUCCUCGCUCGCUCCCUAGCAGCAAGUUAUGAAUUGAAUUGGAACCCCGUAGUAAUGUUGUGAAUAAGAACCUCCCCCAUUGUUGGAAAAAGCUUGGAUCCAUCCAUCGUUGUGUAAACUUGAAGAUCGUUGAAAAUUGAUGAUGCACGCACUUUGUAAGAAGAGGAUCAAGUAGCCAUGAGAAUGGCACUGCAACUAUGAAGUAGCGCCAUCAUUUUAAGUGUCACCUAGCUACUUAGAGACAACAACUGUUAAUUUGUGUGGGUGAUAUUUGUUUUACGGAGAUUUUAAUUUAUUAAUAAAUGUAUUUCUGUGGGUGGUUUGGAUUGAGUAUAGGCAAACUUGUUAUUUGGGUCAGAUUUAAAUGAUGGUCUUUUUAAACAAAGAUAAACUUUUCCAUAGACUUACUAUCCCAUCAUAAUAAAGCCCCCUUGUUGACUGAAAAGCACUUGAAGUCUGAAGAAGAGCUCUCAUUUAAGUACCCGCCUCCAAGCCCAAGAGCUACUCUGACUCAUCUUACUACUAUCCAGACAAUGCAGUUAAAAAUGCAAUUCUACCUAGAAGCGGUUGGGUGACCUAGAAGCGUAAAACCGUAAGCUUUUAAGUUUUAAAGCGUAGAUUUUGACUACAUUUGUAAGGGAAAACCACGAUUCUACAUAAAAGCGUUUUGGCGACCAAAACAGGUAAAAGCGUAAUCUCUUAAGUUUUAAUGCACGAUUUUGACAGCAUUGUAUCCAGAGGCUACCAAAUUUCACCUUAUAUUUUAGAAUCCAAGCGACCCAGAUCCCCUCACACUGUAUGGUAUGGCUGUAACCCGGGCGCUUAUCUUGUGAAUUGCCAUACUUUCUAUUUUAAUUAAAUACUCAUAAACGGACAGCUUUUCGUUAAAAUAAGCCAUAUAAUUCUUGUAGUGCGGGCUCGGUUCCAAGAGAAUAGAUCUCUAAGCUCCAAAUUCCAUUAACCCCAUUCCUUAUGACUUUUGACUACUCGUUCUCAUCCAAUUUUUUUCACGCCCCCAUCACCACUAUGCCAAAGGAACGUGGAACAAAUGUUAUAUAUGUAG